AUGUCCAACUACCGUAAUAAGCAGCCUUGUAAGUACUUCCAGCAGGGGCGGUGCAAUAAGGGCAAUGCGUGCAACUUUGCGCAUGUACAUAGUGGCGGAGCGAGUAGUGGCAGCGGUGGCGGCAAGUCGGAAGCCGAGCGGUACAGCGAGUUCGUGAGCGAUGGGGCGCUCGAGCGAUGGGGCAACAUGGUGAGCUCGGACAUGGGGGAUGUGGCGCUUUUCCAGACGCGGCCGCUGCUGUCGAGUUACGCACCCACGGACGUGGCGGCGGUGAAUCUGAUUCAGGGCCGGGACCUAUCGGCGGAGGAGAGCCGGUUCCAGUGGUGGGAAGCGAUGGCGCAGGGCAAGAAGGCGCAGUAUGACGCGGCGAUGGCUGCGCGGGCGAAGGACAUAGAGAAGUGUGUCGCAUACGUCAAGAGCAAUGCCAAGAAAGGGGCCCGCUUCCUGCAGCUGGCGACAAAGCGGUUUAGAGAGCAGGGUACGUACCCAUCGAAGCCGUUUAUUGAGCAUGAGCUGGACCUGACAGGCGGUAGCGGCUUCGGGGCUGCUCCGCUCGGCGGCGGCGGCGCUUUCGGACAGGCGGCGUUUGGCUCCACAGGCGGAACUAUGGCCGCAAGCGCCUUUGGACAGCCUGCGUUUGGGCCUCCGCCGACAGCUGGUGGAGGUUUGUUUGGGUCUACACCGGCAGCUGGUGGAGGUGCCUUUGGGUCUGCACCGGCAGCUGGUGGGGGUGCGUUUGGGCAGCCAGCGUUUGGGGCCAGCGCGUCUGCUGCAACAGGCGCAUUCGGGAGUGGUUCGACUACGACAAGUGCGUUUGGAAGCCCUGCUUUCGGGAGCGGUGCGACACCCACUAUUUCCGGUGCAUUUGGGAAGCCUGCUUUCGGGACAGCUGGUUCUGGUGCGACUGGGGCAUUCGGAAAGCCCUCGUUCGGCACUGGUGCAACCACGUCGCCCUUUGGCACUUUUGGCGCUCAAACUGCGGUAAAUGCAGCGCCUGCAACAACCUCGAACGCUUUCGGACAGCCAGCCUUUGGCUCUGCGGGCUUCGGUGCGCAGCCGACGCCUGCGUUCGGGACAGGUGCACUGCCGGCAAAGCCGUUCGGGUUUGGUGCUACCGCUAGCACCAGCACAACGACAGCCGUGCCGUUUGGAGCAAAUAGCUCUGGCAUGGGAGGCACUACAUCGGCAUUUGGACAACCCCCUGGUGCGGCGAAGACCGGUUCGACCUUUGGGUCUGCACCGGCUUCUGCUUCGAUCGGCUUCGGCGGAAAGGUACCUAGCCAGCAGGCUCUCUCGCCCUUUACACAACAAGCAAUUGGAAGCAGCAGUAGCCCUUUUGGGGGCGCUGGCACUACGAAUACACCGUUUGGGUCGCCACAGCAACCGUUUGGUUCGGCGAAAACCGUCCAGUCAACUGGUACCACCAGACCUGUGCAAGGCCUGCCCACAGCAGAUGAUAAAAUAACUGAAGACGAGCUGCCGAGGGAGAUCCUUGAUGCCUUUAAGGCCGAGAGGUUUACCCUUGGACACAUACCGGGCGUUGCACCGCCGCUUACCCUCAUACAUUAG